AUGUCCACAGACGACUCAAUCGCAAUCACACUGCACACUGCCCUAACCCAUCUGGAGAAGAGGAAUACCUAUGUAAGAAUCCUGUUCAUCGACUACAGCUCAGCAUUUAACACCAUAGUACUCUCCAAAAUCGUCAUUAAGGUCGAGACCCUGGGUCCCCCUGUGCAGCUGGGUCCUGGACUUCCUUACUUGCCUCCCCCAGGUGGUGAGGGGGAGAUGAUUGUGGACUUCAGGAAACAGCAGAGGGAGCAGCCCCCUAUCCAGAUCGACGGGACAAUAGUGGAGAAGGUGGAAAGUUUUAAGUACCUCGGCAGAUGCACAAUCGAGAGCAUCCUGUCAGGCUGUAUCACCGGCUGGUACCGCAACUACUCUGCCCACAACCGUAAGGCUCUCCAGUGGGUAGUGAGGUCUGCACAACACAUCACCGGGGGCAAACUACCUGCCCUCCAGGACACCUACAGCACCCGAUCUCACAGGAAGACCAUCAGACUAGUUCGAACUACGUCAAACCACUUCGGACGUAAGCUGCAGCUCAAUGACUCUGUCCUGGAUGACCCUGUAGUGACGGUGCACCAGAGUGUAGGAGAGGCCAAAGAGCAGUUCUACUAUGAGAGGACAGUGUUCCUGCGCUGCAUGGCUAACUCCAACCCCCCUGUCCGCUACAGCUGGCACCGCGGACGAGAUGUCCUCUCACAGGGCUCUGACAAGGGAGUGGAGAUCUACGAACCAUUCUUCACACAGUCCACGAUCAGCUUCUGCCAGUUCUCUGACCUCCUCCUUAUACGCUGUCUGAUCAUCGUUGGUGACGAGGCCUGCCGUCGUGUCAUCGGUAUUGGCAGCAGAGAACUGGAAGGAAAGGUGGCCAAGUGUUGGGCUUUGGAGAUGACCAGUGAAAUAUACCUGCUGGAGGGAGUGCUAUGGGGGGAGACGAAGAUCUUGAAGCUGAAGAACCUUCGUCCUCAAGACUACGCCAACUACAGCUGCAUCGCUUCCGUUAGGAACGUCUGUGGUAUUUCAGACCGAAACAUUGUCUUCAAACUCACCAACAAGACAGUGUCUCCGUCCAUCAAGCUGCUAGUGGAGGACCCCAUUGUGGUGAACCCUGGCCAGACGGUGUCCCUGGUAUGUAUCACUACGGGUGGGGAGCCCAAACCAACGCUGAGCUGGGUCAGCAGCUCCGACAGCCUGCCUGAGAAAAGUGUGGUAAAGGGUGGAACACUCACCCUGCCGGCCAUCACCUCAGACGAGGCUGGUGUAUACAGCUGUGUGGCCACUAACAACGUGGGCAACCCGGCCAAGAAGUCUACCACGAUAGUGGUCAGAGCGAUGAAGAAGGGCCGUUUCUGGAUCACCCCUGACCCCUACCACAAUGACGACAACAUCCAGAUCGGCCGUGAGGUCAAGAUAUCUUGCCAGGUGGAAGCCACGCCCCCUGAGGAGCUGACGUUUGGCUGGCUGAAGAAUGGGCGCGCCUUACGUAGCUCUGAGCGAAUGGUGAUCACCCAGACGGACCCUGACACCUCCCCUGGCACCACCAACCUGGACAUCAUCGACCUGAAGUUCACUGACUUUGGCACCUACACCUGUGUGGCUGCGCUGAAGGGAGGGGGCAUACCUGAGAUCAGCAUUGAUGUCAACAUCUCCUCCACUACUGUUCCUCCCAACCUGACAGUGCCGCGGGGUAAGAGCCCCCUGGUGGUCCGGGAGGGUGACACGGUGGAGCUCGAGUGUCUGGUUUCAGGGAAGCCCAAGCCCAUUAUCCUGUGGUCUCGGGCCGAUAAGGAAGCGCCCAUGCCGGACGGGACCCUGCAGGUGGAGAGCUACGAUGGGGUGUUGCGGAUUAUCAACGUGUCCAGAGAGAUGACUGGCUCCUACCGCUGCCAGACCAGCCAGUUCAACGGGUUCAACGUGAAGCCCAGGGAAGCUGUGGUGGAGCUCAUCGUACAAUACCCUCCAACGGUGGAGCCUGUUUCGUUGGAGAUGCGUCAGGGCCUUGGCCGGCCGGUGGCCAUGAACUGCCGGGUCCUGCGUGCCCACCCCUCCCGGGUGCUGCGCUACGAGUGGCGGCUGGGGAACCGCCUGCUACACGCUGGACACUUCGACCAGAGCGAUGAGACGGAGUACACCGUCAAAAGCCUCAACCGCGAGGGCUGGGGGGAGUACACCUGUGAUAUCAUCAAUGAGGCCGGUGCCGGGCGCUGCACCUUCUUGGUAACAGAGUUCUGA